UUCGAUCGACGUGACGGCAGAGUGAAAUCUGGCCGAUGGCGGCUGCAUUUCGGUGUUAAACGCGGAAAAAAAAUGUUCCACGGGAACUCGAGCUGGGGUGAUGCGUGAUACGGGUCAUAGUGUAGGUGGUGUGUUACCCGGUGUCAGAGGUGACAGCCGGCACACGGGAGAAGACAGGUAGAGUCGCGAAGCUCCUCGUCGGCGUCUGGCUGCUGCCGGAGAAGUAACACGCGAAGGCACUUCGCUCGCUGGCAGAAUGUAUUCGAGGUUUCUCCUUUGAAAUACAAUGACAAUUAUUAGCGCGUCGAUCGGUUUAAACCCGGCAAGAUAAUCUACGUGUUAACUGGUGAUACGGUGAAUGUCCAUUGGUCGAACUUUUAUUUAUCGCGGUGAAAAAUAAUGAGCGGCAGGAUUUCGAUGCGUUCGGACGAUUAACAGCCGGGUCAACCGGGUAGAGUCUCGACGCGGUAGUUAAUCGCCGUUUGUGAUCAACGACUCGUAUCAUCGUGGGUGCAUUGAUAUGAUCGUGUUAGCGACGAACGUGCAAUGAUCAUGAUUUACUUUAAAUUCUACCUUACGAAUUUACGGUGCGACUCGAAUACCAGACACUUGAAAAUUCUCGUGCCCCUAUUUCCGCUCUGGAUUAUUGGGGCUUUGUGCGUCAAGGACAUACCUAUAUCCCACAUCGUUGCCCAGGUCGGACACCCUACCUAUCUUCCGUGUGACAUAUCAACCACCCACGAAGGCGAUUUUGUACAUCUAGUGCUAUGGUACCGCGAAGAUCUCGGAACGUCGGUUUACAGCGUAGACGCGAGAGACCGGAACUUCGGAGUUGCCGAAAGAUGGUCCGACGACACCGUCUUCUCGAACAGGGCGACUUUCUUGCCCGACAAACAGCCGGCAGAACUUGGCGUCGAUCAUAUAAAAGAAGAGGAUGCUGGCAUUUACAGAUGUCGCGUGGAUUUUCAGAUCGGUCAGACCCGCAACUCCAAAGUCAAUUUAACGGUUAUCGUUCCGCCCCAGAAAAUCGUGAUACUGGACAACUUUGGGGCCGUGCAGAAUGAUCUGGUCGGACCUUACAUGCAAGAAGAGGAUUUACACUUGUUCUGCGACGUCUACGGCGGUAAACCAUCACCCACGGUUUCGUGGUACCACAACGAUAAGCUUGUAAAUAAUAAAAGUACCGUCAUACGAAAUGGCCUGAUACGGAGUGAAAUUCGUAUAAUGAAUUUGGGCAGGAACGACGUGCAUUCCAAGCUGACUUGCAAUGCAACGAAUAACAAUAUGUCGAUGCCGUUAUCCUCGACUGUCCGUGUGGACAUGAAAUUGGAACCACUAGAAGUUAACAUAAUCGAUGCCAAUCAGCCGCUGUCCGCUGGAAGGAAGUACGAUCUGUUAUGCAAAACGAGUGGAUCUCGACCGGCAGCCACUGUCACUUGGUGGCGCAAUGAUCAGCGAUUGGUGGACGCCAAGGAAACCAGAUCCAGCGACGGGAAUACAACUACAAGCAUUUUGUCAUUCAUGGCUACCGAAGCCGAUGCCGGCAAAAACUUAUCCUGCCGUGCGCAAAACCCGAUUAUGAGAACAGAACCAAUAGAACACCGUUGGACAUUAGAGAUACAGUACACACCUGAGACGCGAAUACAGCUGGGCACGUCCCUCAAUCCAGAUGACAUACGCGAGGGGGCAGAUGUUUACUUCGAUUGCCUAAUACGAGCCGAACCACCCGUUUACAAAGUAGAAUGGCGACAGCAGGGAAAAACUCUUAACCAUAAUAUUACACAAGGAAUAAUAAUAAGCAACCAGAGUUUAGUACUGCAAGGCGUCGACAGAAAGAGUGCCGGGAAUUAUACAUGCGUUGGCUACAAUACCGAGGGCGACGGGGAGAGCGCCCCUUUUUAUUUAAACGUUACGUUCGCACCUACUUGCAAAUCAAAUCAGACCAGGAUCCACGGUGUGGCAAAGCAGGAGAAGGCCAAUAUAAUGUGCAAGGUCGAUGCAAAUCCUUCCGAAGUGCAGUUUCGCUGGACCUUUAACAACUCGGCGGAAAGUAUCGACGUUGCCGCUGGGCACAUAGCGAUGGCUGGCACCUCCUCAAUCGUUUCCUACACCCCCAUGACGGAAUUGGAUUACGGCACUCUUCUCUGCUGGGCGACAAAUAGCAUCGGACAUCAGCGCGUUCCUUGCGUUUAUCACAUCAUUCCCGCAGGUCGACCCGAUAUGGUUCACAAUUGCACGACAUCCAACACCUCCUCCAACUCCUUCUCGGUACAGUGCACGGAGGGUUUUAACGGAGGCUUAACGCAGUCGUUCCUCCUCGAGGUGAGAGAGAGCAACAGCCAGGAACUGCGAGCUAAUCUGACGUCACCGGUUCCGCGAUUCAGCGUGACUCAUCUUGAAUCCGGGGCGUUAUAUCAGGCAUGCAUAUACGCGUACAAUGAUAAAGGACGCAGCGAAGCAAUGGUGGUGCAAGCAGGUACAUUGCGUCAGCCAGAGAAACAACUGACAUCCGAGUCAGAUCGUCCCCGUCAACACAUGAAACUAACGCCAAUGCUAAGCGUCAUGAUAGGAGUUUUCGCAGCUCUCGUUAUAGUGGCAGUGAUAGUAAUGAUAGUGCUGCGCAUUCAACACUCUCACGUCGAUGACCAAGGCAAGUCCCACGUGGAGGAUCUCGGGAAGCCGACGAAAGCAAUUCCCAUUCAGAGGGAAUUGAGAUUCCGUGAGAGCAGCAGCUUAUUGGCAGAGGAGAAGCUACCCGGCAGUCCGUUUAGGAAGCUGGACACGAGCGGAGAUGCGAAUGAGAGCGAUGAGAAGAAUCCGGACAUCAUACCGCAGCAAAUCAGUGCUGGUGACGAGCCGUCCGAGUAUCUUCGAAAAAGACGACUUGUCUCGACAAUAGAGACAUCGCCCUCGAGAAAUCUUUUAAAGCAUCCGACUGUUACUGCCGUCGGCGGACAUGGCAAUUACGUCGGCUAUUGCACCAUUCGCAACGGGAUGCCACUGCACGAGCUAUCGAACUUAACGUCCAAGCAUAAAAGCUGCAUACCCGUGAACGCCAUGAGCUCUCAGUUUCAACCGAUGGUCAGUGAAGUGUACGAUGGCGGAAUUUGCACUUUACCCAGGCAACACUGGCCGAAUCAAAGUGUUCAGUCAAUGACAAUGACCCCGCCGAUUUUGUACGCUGGAUUGGGUGUGGUGAACAGGACUUGCCCUGGUGGUACGGUCCUGCCAAAGGAAGUCGAGGCCAGACUGGCUGGUCAAUGUUGCAUUCAGUCGCAUAAAGACACGACGAUAGGUACGCCGCUUGUGACGGCCAAGAGGGAGAGUUCUGUGUGACGCUGUUAUCCCAGACAGAACUAUAUGCUGCGACUACGUCGUCGUUGAGUGUUAAGGAUAUUGAUUUUCAUUAUUUUUUUUUUUUUUUUUUUUUUUUUUUUUUUUUUUUUUUUUUUUUUUUUUUUUUU